UGACAUUCGGAAUUUCCUUUUGUCACCCACCCCAGAGGCAGCUGUAGUUUGUUUAUUGAGGUGAAUUUUGCCAUUGUUGUUCCUCUCUGCAGCCUCGUUUUCCUUCCAAACCAAAGGAAAAUCCCUCAGAGCUGAACAAACCAUGGCACAGCGUUAGGGCUGUUCUCUGCAAGCACUGCUCAUUGCAGUCAGCAGCUUUUUCUCCCUGGCUGCAGCUAAAAAAGGCUUUGUGAGGCGUGUAGGACAACAAAAUCAAUCCACAAAAUGCCUAAAUCAAAACCAAUCCACAAAAUCCCUCACACAACCCCAGGUGAAGACAAGGCCUGGCCGAGUAGCAGGAUGGAAGGUCCUGGAAGGUCAGAGCUGGUGUGGAUGGUGCAGACAAUUCAUGUGGAGUGUUUUAGGCCUUGAAAGAGGAUCACAGAUGCCUCAUGGAUGUCCCUCUGAAAUAAGCAGGUGGCUCUCCAGAUGCUGGUUAAUAACUCAAUAACCCAUAUCUUCCAGAUAAUCGUUAUGUACCUUCAGGUAUUAGAAUGUGAACGUAACCAACACCUGGUCCAGACCUCAUGGGUAGCCUCUGAGGGUAAGUGACUAAGACUUCUCCUCUGCUGCCCAUGGUGCAGGGAUAGCUGCCGUCUUCAGUCAACCCAAAGCUCUCCAAAGAGAAGGCUGGCUCUAGACAGGUGGUAUAAAUGAUAGUAGAGUAACUGGCCAACUGCUUCUUGUGCUUAUAUUUUUUAUUUUUUUAUACCUUGCAUUUUUUGGUUGUUUGUAUAGUUGAUAACCUGAGCGUUGAAAUUGUUGGGUUGUUUUUUUUUUUUAAUGUUCUAUUUCUCUUAACUGUUAUUAUAAUGUGAUGUGUUUUUUAUAUGAUAAAGCAAAUUAAGGUGGGGUUUAAAUCUUAAAAAGGGACGAAUUAACAACAACAAAAACGAAUAGUUUCCAUUUGUAAACUAGUACAUGUGUGAAGCUUGGAGACAAAAUGUGCUAUUUAGAGACACUUCCCAGAAGCCUUGCAUGGAGCAGUGGAAUGGGAGCUGUGGACUGCCAGGAAUCUGCUGGUGAUGGAAGGAGGGGAGGGGAGGGAGGGAGGGAAUUACCCCAGCUGAGAAAGGGGUCAGCUGUUUUUACAAUAACACAUCUGUGUGCUCGUGGUUGUUGCUCCCAGUACCUGAAAACUGGUGGGUAUCCAGUAUAACUGGUUUUUGAAAUGUGCAUUUUUACAACAUGACUUUUUUCUUAAGCUGUUGUGACAAGGAUUCAUUUCCUCCUGUGUCUGACUGAGCCCACAGGGAAGAUGUGCAGAGGCCAGACUCAGAAGCUGGCACAGUUCUCAAUUUAAUCAGAAAAAAAACCCUUUGUAGCUUCCAGCUGUUCCCAGUCACCCUUUCCUUUAUCACUGCUUUGGCCAAAAAAGGUUUGUGCUCUGUAGUGGGACAAGAACAGCAGGAUUGGAGGUUCCUUUCUCCCAGAAAAUGGGAGAUUAACCAUUAAAAUUAACCAGCUGAUGGUCAAUGUUGCUUUUUUGGACAGCAGUUGCUGUUUGUGUAAACAAAAAUUGAGGACAGGAACUCCUGGGAUUCCAACUCCUCCUCUCUGUCCUUCAGGAGCCUGUGGUCUCUGCUCUGGAUAUCCUGGGGGUCAGUGAAUCCUUGUAUACUGGGUACCCACAUGGUUAAUUAUCACUUUAAAGUAUUAUUUUAAGGACUUUUAUUAUGUCUGGUUUUAGUUUUUCUCCAUCUGAUAUUUUAUUGACGUAUGUGCUCCCAAGUCUAGAUCUUCUAAAGCACAUCAGCUGACAGAUUCACAGGAAUUUACUUUGUGUAUUUAAGAUUUAACAACGUAAUGCUUAAGUGUACUGACUGGAAUAUGUGCAAUAUUUUGCAGUUUUCUCAUUCUGUGAAUAUUCAUUUUAAGCAACCUUACUGAAAUGGGACAAUUUGGAAACCUUAUUUCAUGUGCCAAAGAGGAGAUCUGCCUGAAUACUGACUGUUCUUCUGAACUGAUGUUCCAAACACCCUGAUUUCUCCUAUGGCUGACUUUUUGCACCAAAAAGAAUUCAGUUGUGGAUGGAAAUGGACCCUCAAACCCCCCUGGAAGUUGCCCUGUGCUGAAGAGAACUGCAUUUCACGGGAGAACUGCUCCAGGAGCUGCAGCUUUUGUCAGACACCUGGUCCUCCUCUAUUGCAGGGGAACAUGUGAACCUAAAAUCCUCUAACUGAGUAUUUCUGAGCACUUGUCUUGAUGAAAAUAAUCUGUUUAUUGCAUGAGAGCAGGCCAGUAGAGAUCCAGCAGCAAAAGUGAAGUUAAAAUUGGUUCUCUUGUCACCAUUGACUUUUCAGCAGUCAGACUUUGUUUCUGUCACACAUCCCUCCCCUUGAGGGAUUUAUUUUAAUUAUUUCAUUGAUUUUUGUUCAGUAAAAUCACUCAGCUUCUCUUUAGAUUUACAGGAAUAUAAUGUUGAAGUCUAGUAACUGAAUGCAGAAAGAAAAAUAGCCUUUGUAGAAGUAAAACCAAGUCCAAAACCCACUAAAAGAACCCCAAAAAGUUUUGCAGUGCCUUUCAACCUCCUGCUCUCAUGUUUUUCAGGAAUUACAUGAACGACAGCCUGAGGACAGAUGUCUUUGUGAGGUUCCAGCCAGAGAGCAUUGCCUGUGCCUGCAUUUACCUGGCAGCCAGGACACUGGAGAUCCCGCUUCCAAAUCGCCCACAUUGGUUUUUACUGUUUGGAGCAACAGAGGAAGAAAUUCAAGAAAUCUGCUUGAAAAUCUUGCAGCUCUACACAAGGAAAAAGGUGGAUUUAUCUGAUCUGGAAAGUAAAAUAGAAAAGAAGAAAUUGGCCAUUGAAGAGGCAAAAGCACAAGCGAAGGGUCUGGUACCUGAGGGAGUUCCAAGCUUGGAUAACACAUCGGGAUUUUCCCCUAUCCCAAAAACUGAGUCUCCAAAAGAGGUGAAAGGGAAUAAACCUUCCCCGCUACCUGUGCAGGCGAUGAAGAACGCCAAAAGGAAAACAGAGGGAGCCAAGAGAACCAGCUCCAACAGCCCAGUAAAUGGCGUCCAGAAGGGAAGAGAGAGCAGAAGUCGAAGUGGAAGCAGAGAUCAGAGUUACUCAAGGUCACCAUCGAGGUCUGCAUCCCCUAAGCACAGGAAGAGCGAGAGCUACUCCACGUCCAGCGGCUCCAAGUCGCAGAGCCGCUCGCGGAGCCGCAGCGAUUCCCCCCCGCGGCAGCUCAACCACGGCGCCGCCUACAAGGGCUCCAAGGCCCGCGGCUACAAGAAGGCCAAGGACUGCAAAUACUCGGGCCACAAAGGGCGCAGGUCCCGCAGCCGCAGCUCGUCCCGCUCGCGCAGCCACUCCCGCGAGCGCCCCGACCACGCCGGCAAGUACAAGAAGAAAAGCCACUACUACCGCAACCACCGGCACGAGCGCGCCCGCUCCUACGAGCGCGCCGGGCACCGCUACGAGCGCGAGCACGCCGGGCACAGCCGGCACCGCCGGUGAGCCGGGAGCGCCCGGGGGAGCUC